AUGUGGGUGGUCCUGGGCAUGCUCUGGCUCCUCGUGCUUGGGGGUCCUCACCAGGCCUGGAGCAUCUGUCCUUCUCAAUGCAGCUGCAGUCUGCACAUCCUGAGUGACGGCAGUAAGGCCAGGACAGUGGUGUGCAGCGACCCUGACUUGACUCUGCCCCCGGCUUCGAUUCCUCCGGACACCUGCAAGCUGCGCUUAGAGAGAACCGCCAUCCGCAGAGUGCCCGGAGAGACCUUCAGGCCUCUCAGCCGCCUGGAGCAGCUGUGGCUGCCCUACAAUGCUCUCAGUGAGCUUAGUGCCCUCGUGCUCAGGGGCCUGCGACGCCUACGAGAGCUGCGGCUGCCCGGGAACCGCCUGGUCACUUUCCCCUGGGCUGCGCUGAGGGACACGCCGCAGCUGCAGCUGCUGGACCUGCAGGCCAACCGCCUCUCAACCUUGCCGCCUGAGGCUGCACACUUCCUGGAGAACCUUACUUUCCUGGACCUCUCCAAUAACCAGCUGAUGAGGCUUCCGGAGGAGCUACUGGACACGUGGACUCAUCUGAAGACCGGGCCCUUCCUUUCCCGCCAUCAUUCCAGGCUAAUCUUAGGGCUUCAGGACAACCCCUGGGUAUGUGACUGUCGGCUCUACGACCUGGUUCAUCUUCUAGAUGGCUGGGCUUCAAACUUGAUCUUCGUCGAGGCUAGACUGAGGUGUGCCAGUCCACGCAGCCUGGCUGGAGUGGCCUUCAGCCAGCUGGAGCUAAGAAAGUGUCAGAGCCCAGAGCUGCGUCCAGGGGUGACCAGCAUCAUAUCCCCUUUGGGUAGCACUGUAUUGCUACGUUGUGGAGCAACUGGGAUCCCAGGACCUGAGAUGAGCUGGAGGAGGGCCAAUGGGCGACCACUCAAUGGCACAGUACACCAGGAAGUAUCCAGUGACGGCUCAAGUUGGAGUUUGCUGGAUUUGCCCGUUGUGUCUCUCUUUGACUCUGGGGACUACAUCUGCCAAGCCAAGAACUUCCUGGGAGCUUCUGAAACUCUUAUCUCCUUGAUUGUCACUGAGCCACAGACGUCUACAGAAUAUAGUGGGAUUCCAGGGGUCCUGUGGGAAAGGAUAGGGGAAGGGGCAGAAGCUGCUGCCUAUAACAACAAGCUGGUGGCCAGGCAUGUUCCCCACAUGCCUGAGCAUGUGGCCCUGGCUACCAAGCCCUCAAUGCCCAGCAUAAAGGAGGAGCUGGCUCUCCAGAACUUUCAGAUGGAUGUCCCAGCAGAGUUCUCCAGAGAGCCACCAGAACACCAGGACGCACAGAUGGUCAGGUCUCUCAAGGUGGUAGGAGAUACUUACCACAGUGUGUCUUUGGUGUGGAAGGCACCUCAAGCUGGGAACACAACUGCCUUCAGUGUCCUUUAUGCAGUCUUUGGGCAGAGAGACAUGCGAAGGAUGACUCUGGAGCCUGGGAAGACUAGUGUCACGAUUGAGGGACUUGCUCCAAAGACCAAGUAUGUGGCAUGUGUCUGUGUGCGCGGCCUGGUGCCUACGAAGGAACAGUGUGUCAUCUUCUCUACUGACGAGGUCGUGGAUGCAGAGGGCACCCAGCGACUCAUCAACAUGGUGGUGAUCAGCGUGGCCGCCAUCAUUGCACUGCCUCCCACCCUGCUGGUUUGCUGCGGGGCCCUCCGAAGACGCUGCCACAAGUGCCGGGCUGGGGGCUCUGCAGAGGCAUCUGGGGCCUACGUUAACUUGGAAAGACUACGCCACAGUGAGGAUGGCUCAGAGGUGCUGUCCAGGAGCAGCCUCAGUGAGGCCGACAGGCUUCUCUCAGCGCGGUCCAGCCUGGACUCCCAGGUCUUGGGGGUGAGGGGCGGCAGACGCAUCAAUGAGUACUUCUGCUGA